AUGUCUGAUAACAAAGAUAGUCCUGAAGAAGAAAACUUAAGACAAAGUAUGAAUUCCCAUCGAUUAAAUUCCGUAAAUGAGAAUGAUUCCAAUGUGGGCUUGCAAAAUAUCGAGUAUCAAAAUGAAUACUACGAUGAAGACCAGAAAUUGGAGGAAGUGAACAAAAAUAAACUCCCUCCUAUUGAACUAGGCCAAAAGAAUUCAGCAAAAAUGCUAAAAGGGUUUUAAAGUGGGGCCUACAAAUAACAUUCCUCCUGAACGGAAGCUUCCUGGUAUAUCAGAUGAAGACGAAAAAGAAGAGUUUAAAUCUAAACUUAUGGCUAAUGACGAUCCUCCUUCAAGUAGUGAAGAUCACCACAGUAUAUCUGAGGAAUAUAAUAGUGACACAAAGGGACAUUCUAACAAGUCUAAGGCUGUCUACUACGGCAAUUCUCUGCUAGAAAACCUUGAUAUGACUGCUGGAAAUUACAGAGAUAAGAUACAUGCCAAAGAAAGUCAGAUCCUUGAUGCUGAUGAUGAUGACCUUGUAGGUGUGGAAUCAGAUCUUGAUAAAUUAUCCCAAGAGCUUAAUGCAAGAGCACCUAUUGAAGAGAUACAGGAAGAAUCUAUCGAACAUAAAGAACAGUCAAGCAUCAACAAUACCUCGUUAUUUACUGACAAAGAUGAAAUAGAGAUGCUUGAAAAUAAGAAAUGCUACAAGCUGAGAAGGUUCUAUACAGUCAUCAAAGUUUCUAUAAGCGGAACAUGCUUCAAAAUUAUAAAUUCACCUAUAUUUGAAGGGGUAUCGCUUGUAAUUAUUGUACUAAACUCAAUAUUUAUGGCUAUGGAGGAUCCCACAAAUGAAUCCUCAAAUAGCGACUUUGAAGUGCUUGAUAAUGUCUUCCUUGCUCUCUAUACAAUAGAAAUGAUUCUGAAAAUUUUAGGGCAAGGCUUUAUUUUCCCUCCAAAAUCAUACUUGAGAGAAUCCUGGAAUAUCCUAGAUUUUAUCAUUGUUAUCAGUGGAUAUUUACCAAUGUUCCUCUCUAGUAAUUCAACAAACUUGAAUGUACUAAGAUCUUUCAGAGUGUUAAGACCAUUGAGGACAAUCUCAGGGAUUGAAGGUCUUAAGAUCCUUGUAUCUGCCUUACUUUCAGCUAUUCCAAUGCUCAGGGAUACAAUUCUUGUGCUACUCUUCUUCUUCCUGAUCUUCGCUAUUGCUGGUCUCCAACUUUGGUCUGGCGUUCUUAAGAAGAGAUGUAUUGAAAUUGAGACAGGCAAAGUUCAUCUUGAUAAUUUAUAAUCUGCGGAGCAAAGAAAUGCCCAAGUGGUUACUUUUGUGGAAAGACGAACACAAACCCUAACCUUGGUAUUACAAACUUCGACAAUAUUUUCUACUCUUUCCUUGUAAUCUUCCAAUGAGUAACACUUGAAGGGUGGUCAACAGUAAUGGUUAUGCUCCAAAAAUCCUUCAACAAUCUGGCAUUCCUGUUCUUCGUACCCCUAGUCUUCAUCGGUGCGUUCUUCCUACUCAACCUCACCUUAGCUGUCAUAAAAUCUAAGUUCACUGAAGAGCACAACUCCAGGAAGAAAGACAAGAACUUCAUGGGUGAAACACCUGAAGAGAAAGAACUUAAAGAAAAGAAAGAAAAGUCACGUAUAAACAGGAAGAUUAAGGGCUUCAUUAGAGCAAAGCUGUUCGAGAUCCUUGAAAAAGUCAGGAAGAAACUUGAACCUGAAGAUAACAGUAAUAUUCUGUUAAGAAGACCUAUGUCAGUGGCAGGAGCCUUGAGAAGAGAUAUUUUUGAAGAGGAUAAAGAGUUUAACAAGUCUAUUGUAAGCGAUGUCAAUUCACCUGAUGAAGAUGAGAAAGAGGAGGAUAAAGAGAUAUUUAUUAAGAACGAGCAAGCCAAUAUGGAUGAAGAGUCUAGCUUCCAUGCAUCAUCUAAAGAAUCAGAGGAAAGCGACCCCGAUAGAAGUAAGGAUAAUAAUCGAUCUUCAAGCGGUUCUGGAUUAAACUCUGGUGAUGAAGGACCAGACAGAAGAGAUAAGCAGAUAAAUGUGAUAAAAUCAAACAAAUUUAUAUCGAACAAUUCCACUUGCAACAAAAUGGGCUUUGAGAAAUCUAAGUAAAUGGAGAAGAAAUUUGGAUAUUAGCCGAGGAACUAUUGUUGAGGUUGAUGAAGAACAUCAAUCAGAGACCAACAAAUUUAUGGGAUCAUCUGAGCAUAAAUCUUCAUCAAGAAGAUUUCAUAAAGUAAUCAAUACUUUGAGGGGGAAUAGCCCUAAUUCAAGUGCAAAUGUUAUAGCAAAUAAAGAUUUUUCUCAAUCAAGUAAUCCUUAUUAUGAAAAUGUUGAUUCCCCUUUGAUCCAUGCUCCUCGAGAUGAUUUAAAGCUCCUCAAAAUAAAAGCUCAGAAGAACCGUAAGAAGAAAUCUAGCAAGAAUAUCACCAAGAGACUAUCUGAAAACUCAAGAGAUAGAAUAAAAUCUGAUAGAUCUCAGGGUGCGAAGAAGAGUGAAAAUGUUGUACAUCUAGAGAUCAAUGCAGAAGAUAAUACUCUUGAUGAGAAAGAUGAUAAUCAAAGUUAUCAAAAAGAGAAAGACAUUGAUACGCCUCUUGAAAAUACAAUGACACCCACAAAGCCUCAAGACCCUGAGAAUGAACAAGUUUCUUCCACCAGUGAUCUCAAGAGUAGUGAGCAUCUAGAUUAUCUUGAAGAUGUUGAUAGUCCAAUCUCUACAGAUUCCAAUAUUGAUAACUUCUUUGAUUUUGAAGAAGGUUUCGCCAAAACAAGAGACAAACUUCAUGAUGAGCCCAGCAUUGGUGAUAUCCAAUACCAAAAGAGUUAUCAGAAGAUUUGAGAGGAAGAAAAGAAACUUUAUGUGACUAACUCUCAAUCAACAAUUAGAUCAGAACAUAAAAAGAGAAAUAAUGCUAAGAAUGAAAACCGGAAGGAGUUCAGAAGCUCAAGAGCUCAUAAUUCAGUGAGAAACCAUACUCUCACGAGGAACUUAAACAAUACUCCCGAAGAGUUGAAAAGUGUCUAUAAUCAAAGAGAAAGGAUCAUGAACCCCAGUCCUAAGAAGAAUGUGUCUACAAGUAUUGGACACUUAAGCAUGUGUGAAGAGAAGUUUACUCCACAAAAAAGGUCAAGGUUCAGCGAGAGUAAGCAAAAAUGGCUCCAAAGCAGAAAGAUGUUGACAAACAAAGAGAUCAUUCACUUGAAAUAUGACAAUUCCGUCACUCGUUGUUAUGAAGAGGACAAAGAUUUUGUCAAAAAUAGGAUUAUAGAGCGUGAACAAGCCAAGAAGGAGACUCCUUGGAAGACCAUAGCUGAUAAUAUCAAGAACAGAAAGAAGUUAAAGACUCUUAAUGGGCAAUCUAAGAAGAAGCUAGCCUCUAAUAAGAUUAAGUUCAAAUACUCUUCACUAAAAGAUGUUGUCUCAGAAGAGAAAAAGGAACCUCCAAAGGCUAAGUUUAAAUGGAAGAUGAUCUGGAUGGAUGCUGAAACUAAAGAGUAUGAAAAAUAGGGUGAACUACAAACCUCAGCAAGACUUUAGUAUCCCUGUUGAAGAAGAAAAUCAUUCAGGUCAGACUCAAGGUGAAGAGACAAUCCAGGAUUACGACUUUAUGAGCCGCAAUAAAUGGCUACAGCAGAAAUAUGAUGAAAACUUUCAUUCACACAUCAUAUCAACUAAUUCCGUCUCCUUAGUUGCUGAGAGCAAGGAUAUGAAAGAAGUAGAUAGGAUGGAACUCGUUCCUGAUGAAAUCUAUAUCAGCAGUGAUGAAGACUCACUCUGAUGAAAUGAUGAAGUUAAAAUCCAAACACCACUUUCUGCUAAACCUCAAGUUACAAACGAAUCUAAAGAUGCUGAAAAGAUGGGGGUCAAAGAAGUGAAAAAAAUCAUGACUAAGGUUUUGAUUAAAAAAACAAAGCCUAAGAAUACGAUCCUUCUGAGUAGCCUAAAACGCUCAAGCUCUUUUAAGAAAAUACCAUCAAAUUUUAAGAUGGGAAAACAAAAUUCGAAAAGAAAGGGAUUUAUUGGAUCUAAAAAAUCAGGAAAGUUGCUCCAAGGAUCUUCUACUCCUGAAUCAAACCCUUUAAGAAGGAUGAGAAAGACUAGAAAGUUAUUUUCUUUCAAAUCGAAGCCAACGACCGGUCACUAUCUUGGAAAAAUAGGUAAAAUGAAUGAAGAGCAGAUCAAAGAAAUGGUUAAUAGAGCAAUCGAAAUAGAAGAAACUCCUUAUGAAGAAAGGAUACCUAUCAAAGAUGAAUACCUUGAUGUAGAAUUUGACCUUGAAGGAGCUAUUAAGAAGGUCAAGAAAGAAGAUAAAAAUAGGCAGAUAGUUGAUAUUGAAUGGAGUGGACAAGAUAUUAUGCCAUGACUAGAACCCAGUCAGGCCAAUCAUAUCAUCAAUAGUCUGAAUACAAUGUGCAUUCAUAGAAAUAGCGGCUUUAGAUGGCUAUUAAAAAUGAAAUUUUACUUAGAUUUAUUUGUCAGAUCAUCAUUUUUCGAGAAUUUCAUGACUCUCUGAGUUACACUCAAUACUCUGAUCUUGGCUAUUGAUCAUUACGGAAUAGAUCCAGAAGUUGAAAGAUCUUUCAACAACAUUAAUACAGUGUUCACAGUUGUUUUCUGUAUUGAAAUGGCUUUAAAGAUCCUUGGGCUUGGAAUUAGAAAUUAUCUUAGAGAAACCAUGAAUUAUCUUGAUGGAGCAGUAGUAAUCCUAAGUAUCGUCGAACUUGCCUUCCUUUCUAACAGUGGGGGCUCCUUGUCUGCCUUCAGGACAGUGAGAAUAUUCAGGACAUUUAGAGUUCUCCGUGUAGCAAGGCUUCUAAGAUCAAUGCAGUCAAUGCAAGUAAUUAUUGGAGUUAUCGGAAGGUCAAUGAGUAGUUUCAUCUACUUAGCAAUACUCCUUCUACUAUUUAUCUUUAUUUACAGUCUAAUGGGAAUGCAGCUUUAUGGAGGGCAGUUUAAUAAUUACGAGGGAGAAAAACCAAGAGCAAAUUUUGAUAGCUUUGCAGUAUCAUUCCUCACAGUUUUCCAGCUUCUUACAAUGGAAAAUUGGAACUCAAUUCUCUACUCGACAAUGGAUCAGUCAGGAUGGACUGCUGCUAUCUACCUAAUCUCAUGGAUAUUCAUAGGAAACUUUGUGCUCCUGAAUCUCUUCUUAGCCAUUCUCCUCGACAGCUUCGUCGAGGAAGAUGAAGAAGAAAAGAAAGAAAUGGAAGAAAAGAACAAAAUGAAUGGAAUUGUCGGCGAUGAAGAUCCAAAUCUUGAUGAAAGAGCAAAUCUUGAAGGCAAGAAAAACCAACAACUCAUAGACGCUCUUGAUUUCCAAAUCAAACUUGACUUAGGUCAAGGAGACGAUAAGAACGACGGCAAGAAAUUUGUUCGUAAAUAACACUAAAAAGAAGAACAAGGAGAAUAAUCUGUUGGAUGAAUCAAUAGAAAUAACUCCUGAAAUAUUAGCAAAGAAGGAAUCUGAGAUAAAGGCAUCUAAAGCUCCUUAUGAAGGGGUUGAAUGUGAGCGAUCUUUCUUCUUUAUCUCAAAGUCUAACCCUAUUCGGCUAUGGAUCUACACUCUUACCCAAUGGAAUGGGUUCGAGACAAUAAUAAUGGUACUGAUCCUGCUCUCUAGUGUAAAGUUGAUAGUCGACACAUAUAUCUUAAAUAGCCCAGACGACUCUAUUGAAGUGACAAUAUCAGGAUAUUUAGAUCUAUUUUUCAUAGUAGCUUUUGCACUUGAGUCACUUCUUCAUUCCAUCUCUGACGGUCUUGUUUUUGAGAAAGGGUCAUACCUCAGAGAAAGCUGGAACCAGCUUGACUUUUUCAUUGCAGUGACAAGUAUAAUCGAUCUGGUAUUUGAUGGUAUUAAUGUACCUGUAAUCAAGGUUCUAAGGCUUCUGAGGACAUUAAGGCCACUGAGAUUUAUUUCCCAUAACUCUCAAAUUAAAAUUGUAGUGGAAGCAAUGAUUCAAUCAGUUGGCCACAUCUUCAAUGUCCUCAUCGUCAUCUUGGUGGUAUUCCUAAUGUUUGCAAUCCUCGGAGUAAAUCUUUUUGGAGGUAAAUUCCAAUACUGUGAUGCCGACGCUUAUGAAAUACGAACACGUGAAGAUUGCCUCAAUAUUGGAGCAAAGUGGAAGACUUAUGAUUCCAACUUUGAUAAUACGAUAAAUGCCAUGUUGACUCUCUUUGUUGUAUCCUCCUUAGAAGGAUGGCCUGAUAUAAUGUACCAAGCAACGGAUGCUACUGUUAUUGAGAGAGGACCACAAAAAGAUGCAAGUGCUUACUAUUCACUUUAUUUCAUAUUCUUCAUUCUUGUUGGAAAUUUCUUUUUCCUAAAUUUCUUCGUUGGUGUAAUUUCCCUCAAUUAUGAGGAAGCGCAAAAGGAAGAAGCAGCAGCUCUUGUCUUGAAUGAUAGGCAAAGAAUUUGGAUUGAUAUCAUGAAAAUGAUUAAAAAUGCUUCUCCAGAUAUCAAGACAACCUAUGUUCCUAGAAAUAAAUUUAGAAAAUUUCUUCAUUCCAUUGUUAUCUCAGAAGUGUUUGAAGUUGGUGUCAUGACUUGAAUUGUGCUCAACAUGGUCCAAAUGGCUAUAAGCUUUGAAGACUCCCCAGAUUCAUAUAAUAAAGCUCUAUACAUAAUCAACCUUCUGUUCACUGCCUUAUUUACCUUGGAAGCUAUUCUGAAACUAGUCGCUUACGGAGCUGUUUAUUUUUCUUCAAGCUGGAAUAAAUUUGACUUCUUUGUAGUACUAUCAAGUCUCUUAGAAAUCUUACUAUCAUAUCUAUCCUCCGGUUCUCUACAAAUUCUGACAGUAGGGCCUCAGUUAGCAAGAGUUCUCAGAAUUCUAAGAGUUUCAAGACUUCUCAGGUUGAUAAACAGGUAUAAAGGAUUGCAGACACUUAUACAAACAAUAACGUUCUCGAUUUCAAGCUUGUUCAAUGUUUUCGCUCUGCUAUUACUAGUCUUCUUCAUCUAUGCCAUCUUGGGUGUGUUCAUCUUCAGUGAUAUUACAGAAGGAGAGAUAAUCAGUGAGUAUAAAAACUUCAAGAACUUCCAUCAAGCUAUGCUUAUCCUCCUCAUGAUCCUGACUGGAGAAGACUGGAACAAAAUUAUGUAUGAUCUUUCACGAACUAAGCCUGAUUGAAUUCCUGAAAAGACAUGUGGGACUCCUAUAGCUCCACUGUACUUCAUCUCGUUCAUUAUGAUCUGCAUGCUUGUGUUGCUAAAUCUGUUCAUUUUAGUGAUUCUUCAGCAAUUUGAUGAGUACUAUCUUCCUAAAGACAACGUGAUUGAUAAAUUUAAAAAGGACUUGGACACUUUUAAACUCAACUGGACCAAAUUUUCACGAGAUGAUUUUGGUAUCAAAAUUAAAGAUCACUUCUUGGUAGAGUUCUUCUAUUCCAUGCCUUUCCCGUUAGGCUUCAAAGGGAUGAGAAACAUGACCCGAAAGACAGCGGUCAUCGAGAUACUUAAAAUGGAUUUGAUAAGUGACAAUAAUGGCUUUAUAUACUUUAAUGAGCUUCUUUUUAAAACUAUGAAGAGAGUCUAUGGCGAAGAGAACGUCAAGAAUAUUUCCCUAGCCCAACAGGAGCUCUCAGUUCUGAAGAAGUUGAAGAAUAUUAGGAAGAAGAUGAUGAAGACAUCAAGGAAUAAAGAUAUAGAUUCUAUCAAAGUUAAUCCUUUCUUGUCUCUAAUGUAUUUCAAACUCUCAUUUUCUGCUUGGAGAAAGCGUACACUGCGAAAUCAAAUUUUGAGAGAGCGUGGGCAAGACCCUAGAUUUCACCGGCUGACAUCUGAAGAUAGUAUACUAUCCUCUCUUUCAAGAUCAGAAGAAACAUUCAAAAUAGAGUAUCUCUCAUCCUCAGAUUCAAACGAAGAGAUUAAAGAAGUCGCAAAGGAGGAGUCCAAGCAAGACCCUUGAGAAUUUGACGAAGAAGAACAAUAAUCCUGAAAAUUCUUACUAUACUGCAACUUUGCUCCAAUACUUAAAUUUGAUAUUUAGAU